GGAAAUAAACAAGAGUAAAACGAAGAAGAAGAAAGAGGCUCUCCCACUAUUAGCUUGCUAGCUACCGUUGGAAAGUACCGACAAAUAUUCAGGAGAUUAUCAUGAGUUAUGCGGAGAAACCGGAGGACGUAACGAGGGAGGAGUGGAUGGAUAAACUCAACAAUGUCCACAUUCAGAGAGCUGAUAUGAACAGGCUCAUAAUGAAUUACCUGGUUACAGAGGGUUUCAAAGAGGCAGCAGAGAAAUUCAGGAUGGAGUCCGGAAUAGAGCCAAGUGUGGACUUAGACUCCUUAGAUGAAAGGAUUAAAAUCAGAGAGAUGAUACUAAAAGGACAGAUCCAGGAUGCCAUUGCUCUAAUCAACAGUCUACACCCAGAACUCCUGGAUACAAACCGUUACCUCUACUUCCACUUACAACAGCAGCAUCUAAUAGAGCUGAUUCGUUUGCGGGAGACUGAGGCUGCCCUCGAAUUUGCCCAGUCCCAGUUAGCAGAGCAGGGAGAAGAGAGCCGUGAGUGUCUUACAGAGAUGGAAAGGACACUGGCUCUGUUGGCAUUUGACAACCCAGAGGAGUCUCCCUUUGGAGAUCUGCUCAACAUGAUGCAGAGGCAAAAGGUGUGGAGUGAAGUUAAUCAGUGUGUGCUCGACUACGAAAAUAGAGAGUCAACUCCUAAGCUCGCCAAACUUCUGAAACUUCUGCUGUGGGCUCAAAAUGAACUCGACCAAAAGAAAGUGAAGUAUCCCAAAAUGACUGACCUCAGCAAGGGAACCAUCGAAGACCCCAAAUAACGACUUAAAGUGAAAAAUACCCCCACAUUACAAUAUGGACACUUUUCCUUUAUGUAUUUAUAACCCAACAAACCUGACUCAUUUAGAGUACGACCUUUUCUUUUUGUAAGGGUUACUUUUUGAUACUUUAAUAACGCAGAAUGUGCAGACAACUGGAUUGACUGUGUUUGAAACUGACUCACAGUAAAAUAACAUGCAGACCAUCAUUUCACAUGUUAUUGAGAUUUACACAUUUCUUUAUGUAAAGACAGCAUGUUUCACUUAGAUUAGUUUUUCUGUCUGUUGGCAGGGAAAGUUGUUGGCUUUGAAGGAUGUGAAUAAAGCCUAAAUUAGGCUGACACUGGCUGUGACCACUUUGAAAAGGGAGGGUGUGAUCAGGGAAAACCAUUAGCUUGUGUGCACUUCUUCAAAUAAACACCUCCCGUAAACGAUGAUUACACAUCCCCUGUGGUUGUUUUUCAGCUGGUACUUUUAUGUGACAUUAGUUGUCAAAUGAGGUAAUUUGGGGUGUUUCAAGAUGUUUGGACUUUAAAUAUGGAUUUAGUCUUAGAGUAAUGAUGAGACAUUUUCUGAAAGUGCUGAUAGACCAGAGUACAUUUUUAUUCAUACGAAUUGUGACAGCAGCAAUUAGUGGCAUCCUUAGAAUUUUAAAGCAUAUCUAGACUUUAAGCUUAAGGACAGAUGUUUAAAUAUGUGAAUGGGCAACUAUGCCUACAGGUAUGGAGACACUAUUACAGAUAGAUUAAUUACAUUUGUAGCUAUUUGUCAACAUUUGAUGUGCUUUUUUUUUGCCUGUAUAUUAUUUUGCAAUAAAAGGACAUUUUUAACUUGAGCAUAUCACUUGGGAGUUGAUGUCUUAUAUCAGGAAAGAAUUAUGUCACAGAAACAGCUCGUUGAAAGUGAUGUACUUGGUUCUUUAUUUUACAUACAAAAAAAAUGCAAACUACAGAUAAGAACUUAUUAAAUAAGAUAUGUGAAAAGAAUACAUACCUUUAUGAGCUU